CUUCAAUUAGACCUCUUGUUUUUCGCCGUCAAAUUCUAUCUGUUAAACACUACCACAUCAUCCUAUCACAAUGGAGUUCCCUUCCAGCCCAACUCACAAGCGAAAGCCUAUCGGUAAUCUCUUUAAUCAUGAUUCUUCUGCCUCUAAGAAGCCCCCUUCGAGCCCUGUCAAGCGUACCAAGAUGCUUUCAGACCUUCAACGCUCCGUUCGCCAGAACUGGCCUACCAUGCGACAACCUUCUACCCAGGUCCCUAUGACUAUCCGCGCCGACAGUAGCUAUCGCACCUACGCUGCCGAUCAAGACCCGAAAGUCCUUUUUGAGAAAGCAACUCGAUACCUGGGCUCCAUGAGAGGUGUUGAGCGCACGCCAGAGCAACAAGAGAUCCUCAUCAAGGAGAUUCAUGAGUCCAUCAUCCACGCAAUCUUUGGUAGCAACAGGAUUGAGGGUGCUGGUCUAGGUUUUGACGUUACCCUCCAUCUUUGUCGCAAGAUUCUGCGAGGAGAGCCUGUCCCUGAGAUCGACGAGCGUGACCCGGACUACGAAUCAAAGCUUCUAGAGCUGUACAACCACGACAAGACACUGAAAGGCCGACCUCGCCAGUACGUCCUUCGCGGACGCCGAGAGAUCGUUCAGCAUAUGCGAGCAUUCCAGCACAUCAUUCAUCAUUUUGUUGUCCUUGAAGAGGACAUGACAGAGGAUCUCAUCAAAGAAACGCACGCAAUCCUCUGCAAAGGAGUUUCGAUCAUCGACCCAGAAUAUCCCGAAGUCCACUACGAGGAGUACGCUGGAAAGUAUCGCAAUGUCGCCGUGGGCGCUGGAAACACAAUGUUCGUGACGCCAAAGUUUGUCCCAGACAAGAUGAGAGAGAUGUGCGCCAACAUGAAGAAAGAUAUUGAAGAGGGGGAAGCUCAAAACUCGCUGGACCCAUUCUCUCUUUCUUCCAAGUAUUCGCUCAGAUUUGUUGAGAUCCAUCCUUUCCGAGACGGCAAUGGACGCAUGUGCCGCAUGAUCCUGAACGCAAUUCUUUUCCGCUAUGCUGGCAUUGUCGUCCCCAUUGGUGAGAGGGAGGAGGACCGGGUUGAGUACAUGGACAUCAAGAAGCGAGCCUCAAGGGAUAUGGAAGGACAUGGGGAGUAUGCCACUUUUGUAUUGAAGAAGGGGGCGCGAGCUAUCCAGAAGUUGAAGAAGAAACUUCAUGGAAAGAGGUCAGCUUAGAUAGCCAAAACAGUGAGCUAGAAUUACGACAAGUUUUAAUUUACAAGAUGAGCUGACAUGAGACAUGGCAUGGGAGGCACAAGCCCAUCUUGUCUCAUCACAACUCAUCACAACUCAUCAUAA